AUGGCUGACCGAUACGCCGCUGUACAUAAAGCUGCCAACGGUCCCGGUGACGCUCGACCCACGGCCGAUCAAAUCAUAAAAGACGAAAACCUUGAAGGAAAACUCAAGGAUCAUGUUGUCUUCAUCACUGGAUGUUCCGCAGGUAUUGGCGUCGACACUGCCAAAGCGCUAUAUCUCACUGGAGCGACACUGUACCUGACUGCUCGCAAUCUGGAUAAGGCCAAGGCAACAUUGGGAGAUAUUGUUCAAGAUGACCUCGUUCAUCUCCUCGAGCUAGAUCUCGAAUCGCUAGACAGCGUUCGCUCAUGCGCUGCCAAAUUCUUAUCGGAAAGCCCAAAACUCAACGUACUAAUCUGCAACGCUGGUGUCAUGUGUACUCCUGAAGGACGUACCAAGGAAGGCUUCGAGACCCAGUUUGGAACCAAUCAUCUUGCACAUUUCUUAUUAUUCAACCUUCUUCGACCCGCAUUACUGAAGGGCGGGACAUCUGAUCGUGCAGCACGAGUUGUCAUGCUUUCCUCACUUGCCCAUCGCUUCGGAGAACCAGAUUUCAAUAACAUCAACUUGGAAGGCUGUUACGAUCCCAACAAAGCCUACGCACAAAGCAAGACCGCCAAUCUCUGGAUUGCUAAUGAAAUCGAGCGGCGAUACGGCGCAGAGAGCAUUCACGCGUGGAGCGUUCAGCCGGGUGCUGUGCUGACUGACUUGGGAAGGCACUUGUCCGAGGAGCAAAAGAGCGGACUGGCAGGUGACCCAUAUUUGAACAGAGUAUGGAAGGUCUCGCCUCAGGGUGCUGCGACAUCUGUUUGGGCUGCAACGGCUGAGGCAUUGGAAGGCCAGGGUGGGAAGUAUCUUGAAGAUUGUCAAAUUAUUGGCAAGUGGGAUCCUUCGACCUCACUCUAUGAGCCUGGCUACGGUGACCAUGCAUAUGAUGAAGGCAAAGCAAAGACAUUGUGGGAGAAAUCUGUAGAGUGGGUAGGAUUAUAG